CAAAACCAUAUCCUGGGAGAUGAUGAAUUCUGAUGAGGGCAAGUUUAGGUUUACAGGAAGAUGGAAUUGAGAUGUAACUUGCAGAUUUUGGUUUACUGGAAACCGGCAUUCAGAUGUAUUUUUUCUUGAUGGCUCUGAUUACCUUAAUUGUGGGUGCUUAUCAGGCUCUUAUCUUUUGGGUGCUUUCUGGAGAGAGUCAUCUUCACCACGGCUAGGUCUAUUGUCUUGCUAACCCAGCUCUUCAGCUUUUCUUGGAAGUUACAGGGUUGUGAUUAAGCAACUCCUGUUCUUCCUUUUGCAGCUUCUGUUUUUUAAGUUUUUUAUUACUUUAGUCAUACAAACAUUGCUUAUUUUACAUUAAUUUACAACUUUACAUUAAUUACAUUAUAUUAUAUAUUACAGUCUGCAGGGCAGAGCUGAGCCUCCAGGGCUGGGCUGGGCUCUGGCAGCACCAGCAGGGACAAGGCUUGGAUAGAGAGAAACAGCUCCCAGUAGGCACAACUCCAGGCAGGAGAGAGCCACACCAAACCUGGAUAUCCCAUCCUGUCUAGCUGCACAGGGAAAGAAAAGUGGGUUUGGAAAAUCUUGCUUUGAAACCAGAUCUUUCAAAAUGUCCUCUUUAUUUUUCAGGCACAUUUUAAGUGCAGUCAUUCUGAAAUAAAGGCAGGUGUAUAUGAGCGAAGGGCAGCUGAGUGGCACCAGCAGCCCACCGUGCCUAUACUGAAGCAAUGUCCAACAGCAGCUCCAUCAGCCACUUCCUCCUGCUGCCAUUGGCAGACACGCGGCAGCUGCAGCUCCUGCACUUCUGCCUCUUCCUGGGCAUCUCCCUGGCUGCCCUCCUGGGCAACGGCCUCAUCAUCAGCGCCGUAGCCUGCGGCCACCACCUGCACACCCCCAUGUUCUUCUUCCUGCUCAACCUGGCCCUCACUGACCUGGGCUGCAUCUGCACCACUGUCCCCAAAGCCAUGCACAAUUCCCUCUGGGACACCAGGAACAUCUCUUAUGAUGGAUGUGCUGCUCAGGUGUUUUUCCUUAUGUUCUUUAUCACAGCAGAGCUUUCCCUCCUGACCGUCAUGUGCUACGACCGCUACGUGUCCAUCUGCAAAUCCCUGCACUACAGGACCCUCCUGGGCAGCAGAACUUGUGCCCACAUGGCAGCAGCUACCUGGGCCAGUGGCUUUCUCACUGCUCUGCUGCACACAGCCAAUACAUUUUCUCUGCCCCUGUGCCAGGGCAAUGCCCUGGGCCAGUUCUUCUGUGAAAUCCCCCAUAUCCUCAAGCUCUCCUGCUCGCACUCCUACCUCAGGAAAUUUGGGGCUUCUAUUUUCACUACUUCCUUAGCACUUGGCUGUUUUCUGUUCAUUGUUUUCUCCUAUGUGCAGAUCUUCAGGGCUGUGCUGAGGAUCCCCUCUGAGCAGGGACGGCACAAAGCCUUUUCCACCUGCCUCCCUCACCUGGCCGUGGUCUCCCUGUUUCUCAGCACUGCAGUAUUUGCCUACCUGAAGCCCUCCUCCAUCUCCUCCCCAUCCCUGGAUCUGUCCCUGUCAGUUCUGUACUCAGUGGAGCCUCCAGCCCUGAAUCACCUCAUCUACAGCCUGAGGAACAAGGAGCUCAAAGGAGCUCUGAGAAAAUUGAUGACACUCUAUUUUCAGAAGCAUUAAAUGCUCUCUUUUCUUCUGCAGAGCCUUUAGAAUGUAACUCUUUACAAUCUCUCUUUUUUUUUUUUUUCCUUAUCUGUCCAUUUUUUGUAGAUAACAUUUUCUACUCUUGUGUUUUGUAGAAAAUACUGUGAAUUACUCUUUGCAUUUCUACAUGAAUAUCUACUUUUCUUUUGGAAGACAAAGACAUGCAUGAGUUCUCUUCCCAUGCAUUUAAAUAAAAGCAAGUGCAUGCCCUC